AUGAGUUCGACAUCUUUUGGCGGAACAAACUCAGGGACCCAGGUUGUGACCAACCACGGAGUGAUGAUCCAUUUCUCAUCUGACCGACCGGGAACCCCACAGCAGAGGACAGACCAUGAGGUGCUAAGGUCUCUGGCAUUCCCGCAAAUGCUAGACCGGAGAGACAAUAUCGAGCGCUGUCAUACCAAUACCUGCCAAUGGAUUUUGGACUUGGAAAAGUACAAGUCUUGGAGACAGUCCCGCGGUCUACUGUGGAUCAAGGGCAAGCCGGGUGCGGGCAAGUCAACACUCAUGGCAUUCUUGCAUGACAAAGUCGAGAAAUUACAUGACGGGAGUCAGGGCAUUUGGCUCGACUUUUUCUUUACCGCUCGGGGCACUGAGAUGCAACGCACACCUCUAGGGAUGUUCAGAACGUUGCUAAACCAGAUUUUUGACCGCGACGUGACUGUGCGCCCUCGAGUGCGUGAAACUUAUGAGCGCCGAUGUAUGCAGUUUGGGUAUGGUGAACGUCAAUGGGAAUGGCCACAAGGAGUGCUAGAAGAGUUACUUAUAAGUGCUAUUCUGGACUCGGCUAAUCAGCAGCCCGUGACCAUUUUUGUGGAUGCUCUAGAUGAGGCUGGGGCCGAGUCCGCUCAGUGGCUUGCAGCGUACUUCCAUCGGCUUAUUGAUCGCGCACAGAGAAAAGCGUUACCUCUUCAGAUCUGUAUAUCAUGUCGGCACUAUCCGAUUCUAGAAAAUGCCCGAGCUAUAGAGAUAUAUGUUGAAGAACACAACCAUGAAGACAUCGCCACAUACAUCAAAGACAUCCUUGCUGACUCGGGGGUCGGAGACGGUCUCGGUCAAGAGAUGAGAGACAGACUGGUAGAGCAAUUGAUCCAGCAAGCUAAUGGGGUGUUCCAAUGGGCCUAUCUCAUGGUGCCUCUUAUACGACGGAGGAUGUUAGAAGGAGAGUCAUUUGAUGACACGUGUUACUGGUUACGCGAUAUCCCAUCCGCCUUAGAAGACAUAUACAUCUAUGUUCUCAAAAACACGAUAGAGGACAGAAACCAUGGAGAAUCGCUCCUCUUGUUCCAGUGGAUAUGUCUCGCUGAGCGACCCCUGACUGUGACAGAAAUGCGGUAUGCCCUAGCAGCCAAUAAAGCUAGAAUGACAUCUUCCCCUAUAAGGACAUGGGAGAAUAUCAACGGGUUUAUCGAAAGCGAUGAGCGCAUGAAACGAAGGAUCAAGGCUCUAUCUGGUGGACUAGCUGAAAUAGUCUUAAGUGGGGACGGAAAGGAGACCGUACAGGCAGUACACCAGUCGGUCAACGACUUUUUACGCGUAAAAGGAUUACAGCUUCUAUAUCGUGCUGUCACCGCCAGCAGAUCAUCUUUUGAUGAUAAUAAGGUUCUCUUUCAAUGCCAAGCAGCCCUCUAUCGAUCAUGCCUAGUAUACCUAGCCACAGCAAACUUACCUCAAGAUUGUAGCAGGGAAAGAAGAGAGGAGAUUAUUCAGGAGCACCCAUUACUUAAUUACGCCACCAUCAACCUAUUCAUUCAUGCAGAAAAUGCCGCGGAAUCUCGACAGGACGUAGUACAGAAUGAAUUCAAUGUGCUACAGGAAGUAAUAAGUCGAUGGGUCCAGAUUUAUAGGAUCUUGCAUCGGUCUUAUAUACGAUGCCCAGCGAAAGGCACAACAUUAUUGCAUAUGUCUGCAGCUGCCAAUCUUGUCGAUGUUAUGGAACGUUUGUUGUCGAACAGUACGAAUAUAGCGAUGAAAAAUGAAGAUGGAAGCACGGCAUUCCAUUCAGCAGCACAGUGGGGUCAUAUACCAGCUGGCAAAAUACUUCUGGAGAAAGGAGGAAACUGUGAGCGAAGAAAUCGAAAUGGAAUGACCCCAUUACGUGAGGCAGCCAGAUGGGGGCGUGUGAAAUUUGUCGAAUGGCUCCUAUAUGAGGGAGCGAACAUUGGAAACUUGAAUGAUGUGGGAAGUGCGCUACAAGAUGCUUCUGAAGCAGGGCAUGAAAGUGUGGUGGAACUGAUAAUUGGAGCUGGAGCAGAGGUUAAUGCCCAGGGUGGAAUGUAUGGCAAUGCCCUCCAGGCUGCUGCAUACGAAGGACGUACCAAGAUAGUGCAGAUGCUACUCGACGCUCACGCCGAUGUCAAUGCCCAGGGUGGAAGGUAUGGCAAUGCCCUCCAGGCUGCUGCAUACAGAGGAGAUGCUGAGAUAGUUCAGAUGCUACUCGACGCUCACGCCGAUGUCAAUGCCCAGGGUGGAGAGUAUGGCAAUUCCCUCCAGGCUGCUGCAUUCGGAGGACGUACCAAGAUAGUGCAGAUGCUACUCGACGCUCACGCCGAUGUCAAUGCCCAGGGUGGAGAGUAUGGCAAUUCCCUCCAGGCUGCUGCAUUCGGAGGAGAUGCUGAGAUAGUGCAGAUGCUACUCGACGCUCACGCCGAUGUCAAUGCCCAGGGUGGAGAGUAUGGCAAUGCCCUCCAGGCUGCUGCAUCUGCAUACAGAGGACGUACCAAGAUAGUGCAGAUGCUACUCGACGCUCACGCCGAUGUCAAUGCCCAGGGUGGAGAGUAUGGCAAUGCCCUCCAGGCUGCUGCAUACAGAGGACAUGCCGGGAUAGUGCAGAUGCUACUCGACGCUCCCGCCGAUGUCAAUGCCCAGAGUGGAGAGUAUGGCAAUGCCCUCCAGGCUGCUGCAUUCGGAGGAGAUGCUGAGAUAGUGCAGAUGCUACUCGACGCUCACGCCGAUGUCAAUGCCCAGGGUGGAAGUUAUGGCAAUGCCCUCCAGGCUGCUGCAUACGGAGGAUAUACCAAGAUAGUGCAGAUGCUACUCGACGCUCCCGCCGAUGUCAAUGCCCAGGGUGGAAGGUAUGGCAAUGCCCUCCAGGCUGCUGCAUACGGAGGACGUACCAAGAUAGUGCAGAUGCUACUCGACGCUCACGCCGAUGUCAAUGCCCAGGGUGGAGAGUAUGGCAAUGCCCUCCAGGCUGCUGCAUUCGGAGGAGAUGCUGAGAUAGUGCAGAUGCUACUCGACGCUCACGCCGAUGUCAAUGCCCAGGGUGGAAUGUAUGGCAAUGCCCUCCAGGCUGCUGCAUACGGAGGAUAUACCAAGAUAGUGCAGAUGCUACUCGACGCUCACGCCGAUGUCAAUGCCCAGGGUGGAGAGUAUGGCAAUGCCCUCCAGGCUGCUGCAUACAGAGGACGUACCAAGAUAGUGCAGAUGCUACUCGACGCUCACGCCGAUGUCAAUGCCCAGGGUGGAGAGUAUGGCAAUUCCCUCCAGGCUGCUGCAUUCGGAGGAGAUACUGAGAUAGUGCAGAUGCUACUCGACGCUCACGCCGAUGUCAAUGCCCAGGGUGGAGAGUAUGGCAAUGCCCUCCAGGCUGCUGCAUUCGGAGGAGAUGCUGAGAUAGUGCAGAUGCUACUCGACGCUCACGCCGAUGUCAAUGCUCAGGGUGGAGAGUAUGGCAAUGCCCUCCAUGCUGCUGUUGUAUCUAUAUAUGGAGAACAUCCCGAGACAGUGCAGAUGCUACUCGACGCUCACGCCGAUGUCAAUGCUCAGGGUGGAGAGUAUGGCAAUGCCCUCCAGGCUGCUGCAUAUAGACGACAUACCAAGAUAGUGCAGAUGCUACUCGACGCUCACGCCGAUGUCAAUGCCCAGGGUGGAGAGUAUGGCAAUGCCCUCCAGGCUGCUGCAUUCGGAGGAGAUGCUGAGAUAGUGCAGAUGCUACUCGACGCUCACGCCGAUGUCAAUGCCCAGGGUGGUGAAUAUGGAUCCCCUCUCUUGGCGGCCGCUUAUGGGGGCCAUAUUGGUCAGGUUCAAGUUCUUCUGAACGUCGGUGCAGACUUUUUAUUUGUAGAUGAGUUAGGCCAGACACUCCUUCAUGCUGCAGCCUCAAGAAACAUGCUCCAAUUUUUCUAUCGAUUUCCGCUGCUCACAUCUAAUAUCAAUAUCCGGGACAAGCUCCUACAAACUCCUCUGCAUCUGGCCAUUUAUCUCGGUCACAUCAGAUUCGCCUUCAUGCUUCUUGACCUUGGUGCUGAUCCUUGCAUUCAAGAUGGCUUCGGCAGAAACAUCUUGGACUGGGCGCUGGGAAAUCCAAGUCUAAUACAGCAAAUCCUUAACAAAUGCCCUCACAUUGUCUUAACUCCUGAUAAGACUCAAAAUUUGACCGUUUCUCAAUCGAUUCUUCACACCUCGGAUAUGCUUCUUCGUUCCAAGCUGAACUCCCCAUGGCCUCUUUUACAACAAUUAGGUCGCUAUUUCUUGUUCCUCAACGACGUGGAUAAUGCGCGCUAUCUUUUCCAGCUUCAUCUAUCUGGUGAGGCUUUUGGCACUACUGUAUAUCAGAUUAUCUGUGACUUAUGUGAACGUCGCAUCACCGGGUCUCACUUUAUAUACACCAAUACCAUGGCCGAUUACACACGCCUCAAGAAAAUCAAACCCUUGAAGUGUCCGGUAAACCUGCAAAUGAGUGUCGACUCACUGGGUCAGCACCAGAGCACUUGA